AAGAAAGCAAGACAUAUGCGGGAGAGCACAUGACUCGGAUUGAUAGCGUAAACUCGUGACCACGAUAAAUAAUGUGUACAAUUUUAUCGGCCACAACUGGUCAUAUACGUGUUCAGUCCUUCGCCAGCAUGCCCAGAAACAGGAAUUACGAAACAUUCGCCAAUGUCGGCGGGACAGACAUAUCGUCGCCAUCAACAUCCCAAAAAAAUAGCGAUACGCAAGACCCGGAGAAGGCGACGCUGGUGGACUCGACGUUGCUCCCGAAAAUUCAGCCAUCCGCGCUGCUCAAUGAUGAGAGGACGAAUCUGGCGAACGGCACCAUCCCAAACAGCGAUCCUGAGAAUGGUCGACCGCCCAGGGGUAGCGCCAUCAGACAAGUCUUGGCUGCCCUGGUUGCCCAGCUUGGUACCAUCAACACGGGCAUGGUAUUUGGUUUUUCCGCCAUCGCUUUGCCGCAGCUCCAGGAGCCAGACAGCAUCAUUCCCAUCAAGGAGGGAUCGACGGAGGAAUCGUGGAUCGCUAGCAUAUCCUCUAUCGGUACGCCGAUCGGCUGCUUGUUGUCUGGCUACAUGAUGGACAUGUUCGGCAGAAAGCGUUCACUCAUCAUCACGGAGAUUCCGGCGGUACUCGGAUGGCUGCUAAUUACGUUUGCGACCGACAUACGCAUAAUAUAUGCUGGUCGUUUCUUCGUCGGUCUAGGAUCGGGCAUGGUGGGUGCACCAGCCCGCGUUUACACAAGCGAGGUGACACAACCACAUCUACGAGGAAUGCUGAUCGCAUUUGCCAGCGUCGGUGUCAGCACAGGAGUUCUGAUAGAAUAUGCUCUAGGAAGUAUGGUUACAUGGAACGUCUGCGCCGCCAUUAGCGGUAUUCUGCCACUUACCGCAUUGGUGUUGAUGUUCUUCUUCCCGGAGACUCCGUCCUACCUCAUAUCGCGCAGCAAACCAGACCAAGCCAAGAAGGCGCUACAGAAAUUCCGCGGCAGUACUUACAACGUGAAUCAGGAAAUGGAGACAUUGGUCGAGUUCUCUAACAAGAACAACAUCAAACGACUCACCGGCUUCCGAGAGAUUAUGUGCGCUGUGCUAAAACCCAACGCGCUCAAACCUUUCGCCCUGCUGUUUCUGUACUUUUUGAUAUACCAAUGGUCAGGAACUAACGUUAUAACUUUUUACGCCGUCGAGAUCUUCAAGGACUCGGGAGCAAGUAUGAACAAGUACUUAGCAGCGGUUAUACUGGGAAUAGUCAGGCUCACCUCUACUAUCGUCGCUUGCGUUCUAUGUAGAAGAUGCGGUAGGAGACCGCUCACAAUGGUAUCUUCUAUCGGAUGCGGACUUUCCAUGAUAGGAUUAGGUGGAUAUAUGUGGUUGAAAAAUUACUGGGUCGAGAAUGAUCUUCCAUUCGUCGCCACAUGGGUCCCAGUUAUGUGCAUAUUCUUAUAUACCAUCACUUGCACUUUGGGCUUCCUGGUGAUUCCAUGGGUGAUGAUAGGCGAGGUUUAUCCCGUGCAAGUACGCGGUAUUAUCGGUGGACUGACUACUAUGUGCGCGCAUUCGUUUAUCUUCAUGGUAGUUAAAACUUAUCCGUUCCUGGCCAGCGUACUCACUCGUCAUGGUACAUUCAUUCUCUAUGGUUGUAUAUCUUUGUUUGGCACGAUAUAUUUCUACAUAUGCCUUCCAGAAACUAAAGAUAGAACGUUACAAGAGAUUGAGGACUAUUUCUCUGGUAGAAGCAAUGCUCUGAUGACCGGCAGAAUAAGUAACAAGCCAAAGGUUUUAGAAAUUAAAAAAGGCCAGAUAUUACCGUGAAAGGGAGGACAAUUUUUAAUUGUAUAACUUUUUUGCAAUGUUGCUUAUUUUAGAGUUAUUUUAGUUAGAAAAAAAACAUUUGCUUGUUAGCAACUAAGAAUGUUAUCUAUUUCCACAAGAACAAUGAAAUGGGCAAGUACUUUAAAACUUUGACGUUUGCUUUGUGACAAAUAUGCCUUAGAAGAUAAAAUAUUUUUAAACAAACGAUGAAAGAACGAAAUAUAAAGAUACGAGAAAAAAAAAAUAUA